CUCCAGGGAAAAAAUAUGAGCACGCUGUGUCGCAGUAGUCUCGUGCUUUCCGGCAAAUACGUUCCUGACGAUGCAAUGAUAUCGCUCAUCGACAAAGAAACUGAACUGGUCCCCGAUCAAAAUUGGCUACUGGACGGGUUUCCAAGGACGUUAACGCAGGCGAAGAAGCUACAGAGAACGCAGCUGCUGAAUCUAUACCUGAGUUCCCGAGAGUCUAGAAGCGUUUCGCGCAGCUUGGAAUGUGAUGGGGGUCGCAACGAAAUCCCUCCACACGGUUCAGUAUACACGGUAAAACAUUGAGAUGAGCAGAACGAUCAAAAACUGAACUGUACC